AUGGUACGUAGCACUACAACGAAAUGCUCCGUUCUCCAGCAAGUUGUCAAGCACAUCGAAAAUGGAUGGCCUACUCACAUCAAGGACAUUACAAACCCCGAUGUUCGACCGUUCCACACCCAUCAGGACGCCCUGGAAUUGUCGAACGGCCAGGCGGAACGCUUUGUAGAAACCUUGAAGACAGCUUUGCUCAAGAUUAACGAGGGGGAAAGGAUCUCCGAGUCACUGCAAAUCUUCCUUCAAGCCUACAGAACAACCCCAAGUCGUAUCCUGAAUGGAAAAACUCCGUCUCAGCUGAUGAUCGGAAGGAACAUGCGGACAGUCCUGAGUCUACUCCAACCACGACAGCCGAUGACCCCAAUCAUCAAUCAACGACAAAAUGAUCAGUUCAACCGGAAACAUGGCGUAGUACCUAGGAACCUACAAGCUGGUGAUGCAGUUUAUGCCAAGGUCUACCAAUCCAAUUCAAAAUGGAAAUGGGCUCCCGGAGUCAUUAUUGAAGUCAUUGGGCAAGUAAACUUCAACGUUCUAUUGGACGAAUGGCAUGGCCGACGGAAGUUGAUCCGUUCACAUGCCAACCAAAUCAAGCAUCGCUUUGACGACCAACAACCAACAAAGGAGCCAACGGAGAAAUCUUCCCUCAACAUAUUCGUGGACGAGUUUGGACUGCAGGAUAAUUUCCAACAAAAUGAAGUCACUACCGUUGCUCCUCCAGAACCAGCACCAGACCAAGAAGCUUCCAUUGAUGCCACUGAUGAUGACGAACCACUACCAGAAAUGGAAGUAAGCCUGCCGGAAUCAAUUCAGCAUCCACAACCUGAUGAGGAAGCCUCUACGAGUCGGCCCAGGCGAAUGAUCCAGAUGCCAUCUAGACUGGAACCUUUCCUAGUAUUCUGGAAAUAA